AUGGCCAUGGCAUUGGCGCCGUCAACGCAAGUCCCACUAUUAGAGUCCCAUCCAGUCGAGCUCGACACAGAGCUCGAAAAAUCCUUGAAAACUCUCGAAAACUUCCUCGGACUAAUCGGCUUCCGUCAGUACACUGUCCUCGGCACUGCCUUGUCGUGGCUCGUUUUCAUUAUACUCGCCGUCGCUCUGCCGGUUCUUUCAAUCCAGAUUGCGUACUGCUCCAACUGUGAGAAGUACGCGAUAAAGAGUUUCGAGCUCGAAAUUUUGGUGUCGCACACAAUCGUUGCUGCUAUAUCUCUCCUCUGCAUUUCGCGUAUACUCCGAAAGUAUGGCGUCCGGAAGAUGCUGUUUGUUUAUCAUUGCCAUGGACAUUUGACGCAAUUUCGGAAUCUCUGCCUUCAAAAAAUUCGCGUCUUUUACUGCUUGCUGACUUCGUGGGUUGUUAUUUGUCUUAUAUUAAAGGUGGCACGUGAGAUUACUCGCGUGGUUCAUCUACACCAUGAUUCUUGGUGGUGGUCUGCUUUGAUGUUGCUCGCUUGCAUUAUAUCGUAUACAUAUGUAACUCUAGUCUUCUUAGCUGGUUGUGCCGUGUUCCACUUGGUGGGAAAUUUGCAAGUGAUACACUUUGAAAAUUAUGCAAAACUAUUGGAAAGGGAUUUGGAUGUUUCAGUUUACAUCGAAGAGCACAUGCGUUUAACCUCUUAUUUAUCCAAAAUAAGCCACAGGUUUAGGGUAUUUCUUCUUCUAGAAUUCUUGGUUGUUACAGUUAGUCAGUUCAUGGCUCUAUUGCAGACAACAGGGAACCAUGGGAUCAUCAACUUCAUGAAUGGUGGUGAUUUUGCAGUGUUAUCUGUUGGUCAGCUUGUUGGGAUUGUGCUCUGUCUGAAUGCAGCUGCAAAGAUAUCUCAUAGAGCUCAAGGCCUUGGUUCAAUUGCUAGUAGAUGGCAUGCAUUGAUUAGUUGCAAUUCAAAUGAUGGUUCCUUUUCAGCUGUUUCAGAUAGUGCUGGAAAUUCUGAUGUUCCAUAUCCCAUGCAUCCAUUAUCUGUAAAUUAUUCAGAAGGUGAUUUGGAGUCUAGUGAUUACUCGCAAUUGCAUAUGAAUUUGCAAUUUACAUCUUCCAUGUCAUCAUAUCAGAAGAGACAAGCCUUCGUUACUUAUGUGCAGUCGAAUACUGGCGGAUUCACUAUCUUUGGAUGGAUGGUUGAUCGUGUGCUCAUCAACAUGAUUUUCUUCAUUGAGCUUUCACUGGUUUUCUUUGUCCUUGGGAAGACUAUCACAAUCACAACUAGAUGA